AUGGUCGCUUUUUACACUGAUUCGAAGGAGGUCUUUCUUGGUGGCACAAGAACUCACAUGGGGAUGACGAUGUUUUUCUUUACUUGUUUGCUUUUGUUUACAAUGCUCUUGAGUGUUAGCUAUGCAGCUAUAACCCCAACUAGUCCUUUGUUAAUAGGCCAAACUCUCAGCUCGUCGAGCGAGGUGUAUCAAUUGGGGUUCUUCAGUCCUAAUAAUACCCACAAUCAAUAUGUUGGAAUUUGGUUGAAGGCUACCAUUCCCCGGGUUGUUGUGUGGGUGGCCAAUAGAGAAAGGCCUGUUACAGGCUCCACGGCAAAUCUGACUAUAAGCAGCGAUGGAAAUCUUCUCUUGUCGGAUGGAAAACAUGGUAUUGUAUGGUCCAUCGGAGAAACUAUCACAUCUAACGGGUCUCGUGCAGAGCUUUUAGACAACGGGAAUCUUAUUGUCAUAGACAAUAUUUCGGGAAGAACUCUAUGGCAAAGCUUUGAGCAUCUUGGUGAUACUAUGCUCCCUUUCUCAACCCUGAUGUAUAAUCUCACCACUGGUGAGAAGCGUGUGUUGACUUCUUGGAAAAGUUACACUGAUCCAUCGCCUGGCGAAUUUGUGGGUCAGAUCACACCACAAGUGCCAUCACAGGUGUUUACUAUGAGAGGCUCGACGCCUUAUUGGAGAAGCGGUCCAUGGGCUAAAACAAGGUUCACUGGGAUACCAGUAAUGGAUGCAUCGUUAACAAGUCCAUUUAGCCUUCAACAGGAUGCAAACGGGUCAGUAUCUUUCUUUUAUUUAGACAGAAGCUUCAAACCUCCACGUAUAAUAUUAACAUCAGAAGGCUCACUGAAGAUUUUUCGGCAUACUGGGACCGACUGGGUAGUAGACUUUGAGGCUCCAGCCAAUUCAUGCAAUUUUUAUGGUGUAUGUGGACCUUUUGGGUUGUGUGUUGAGUCAGCAUCUCCAAAGUGUAAAUGCUUCAAAGGGUUUGUACCAAAAUUCAUUGAGGAAUGGAAAAGAGGAAAUUGGACUGAUGGUUGUGUGAGGCGUACCGAACUACAUUGUCAAGGAAAUUCUACUGGCAAAGCUGCAGAUGCUUUCCAUUCUUUUGCCAACAUAAAGCCUCCAGACUUUUACAAAUUUUUAAGUACUAUGGAUGCUGAAGGAUGCUACGAAAGUUGCCUCCACAAUUGUUCUUGCAUGGCCUUUGCUUAUAUUAAUGGAAUAGGCUGCCUAGUGUGGAACCAGGACCUUAUGGACGCUGUGCAAUUUUCUGUGGGAGGAGAACUUCUUUCCAUUCGUCUUGCACAUUCUGAAUUUGAUGGAAAUAAGCACAAGAAGACCAUUGUUGCUACGACAGUGAGCCUUACCCUUUUUGUGAUCUUGGGCUUCGCUGCGUUUGGUUUCUGGAGGUGUAGAGUGGUACAUAACGCUCAUAUAUCAAAGAAUGCAUGGAGGAAGGAUUUGAAACAACAAGAUGUCCCAGGUUUAGAUUUUUUUGAGAUGAAUACCAUACAAACUGCUACCAAUAAUUUCAGCCUAUCAAACAAACUCGGACAAGGUGGAUUUGGUUCCGUGUACAAGGGAAAACUGCAAGACGGAAAGGAAAUCGCGGUAAAACGGCUUUCUAGCAGCUCUGGACAGGGAAAAGAGGAGUUUAUGAAUGAAUUAGUACUUAUCUCAAAACUCCAACACAGAAACUUAGUCCGGGUUUUGGGAUGCUGCAUCGAAGGAGAAGAAAAGCUAUUGAUUUAUGAGUUUAUGGUGAACAAAAGUCUUGAUACCUUUCUCUUUGAUUCAAGAAAAAAGCUCGAGAUUGAUUGGCCAACGAGAUUUGAUAUCAUUCAAGGUAUUGCGCGUGGACUUCUUUAUCUGCACCAUGACUCACGCCUCAGGGUAAUUCACCGAGACCUGAAGGUCAGCAACAUUCUUCUGGACGAAAAAAUGAACCCAAAAAUAUCAGAUUUUGGUUUGGCUCGUAUGUAUCAGGGAACACAAUAUCAGGACAACACUCACAGGGUUGUAGGAACUCUAGGAUAUAUGGCUCCUGAGUAUGCAUGGACUGGGAUGUUCUCUGAGAAGUCGGACAUUUACAGCUUCGGAGUUCUGCUAUUAGAAAUCAUCAGCGGGGAGAAGAUCUCAAGGUUCAGCUAUGGCAAAGAAGGAAAAACCCUUCUUGCAUAUGCAUGGGAAUCUUGGUCUGAAAAAGGAGGAAUUGAUGUUUUGGACCAAGAUCUUGCUGAUUCAUGUCACCCAUUAGAAGUUGGGAGAUGCGUGCAGAUUGGUCUGCUUUGUGUUCAGCACCAACCUGCGGACAGACCCAAUACACUUGAGUUGCUCUCUAUGCUCACCUCAACAUCAGAUCUUCCACCUCCAAAACAGCCCACAUUUGCGUUGCACGCUGGAGAUGACGAAUCCCGGUUUACGGAUUUGAUAAGUGUCAACGAGAUGACACAGUCUGUGAUCAUUGGGUGUUAA